UAAUUUAUUUAUUUUAUCUUUUUAAAAUUAUUUUUUCCUAUUAUGACCAAAGAAAAUUUUUUCAUCUAGCUCAUCAGACUACUGUUCUGUCUCUUCUCUUUUGGGGUUUCUUUAUUCUCUCAAUUUUCACCUGAUUGAUAUUUCAACGGGUAGCACAACUCAAGGUAGUGAUGGAAGAUUAAAUAAAAAGCAGUUUAUAACAUGCAGACCUAUCUCUUUUUAGCUCCCACUUCCAUUGAUAAAGGUGGUAGCUCCAACCAGAACUUUUCGUUUGGACCAUGGGCGUGGCCUAACAAGCGCAUAGGUAUUGUUCAUCCUCGUACCCAAGUUUCAGCAUCUGCUAUUGGUGGUGGGCAGCAGAGCCACUAUAGUGUGCUUGGUGUUCCACACAAUGCUUCUUCUGUUGAUAUAAAAAAGGCCUAUCGUCUUCUUGCUCUCAAGUAUCAUCCUGAUGUUAGCAAGGAAUCAGGAGCUGAUGAGAUUUUCAAGAAAAUCCAUCAUGCAUAUGAUGUAUUAUCUAAUGAAUCAUCAAGAAACCAGUAUGAUCAGGCGCUUCAACAUCAGGAUUAUACUGACAGGCCUUCGGGGGGGUAUUGGGAAUACGACUAUGAAUAUGACGAUGGCAUAAGGACCUAUAGGUGGGCUGAUCUCAGACGAAAAAUGCAAAGAGAGAGAUACUGGGAAAGGUAUCAUACAGGGGAAAACUUCUCGUCUUAUUAUGAUGAAGUCGAGGAGUCUGAAGAAGAAACUCUAGAUGAAGAAAGAGGUCCAUUCGCGGAAGUGCUCAGAUCUGCCCUCCUCUCUUUAUUCCUUAUGAACACCAUAGGUAUUCAUCUAUCUUUGACAUUUAGUAGCCUCAUGGCCUUGCUUGAUCGGAAGUUGGACUCCGGAUACAAGAUUGGUUACCUAGUUGCAUGGAUUUUGGGAGGCAGAGGUGGUGUUCUACUUACAUUAUGCCUUUCAUUUGCAAGUUGGCUUUGUGGCAAAACAAGCAGUAGCGUAGUCGCGUUGGUGGUUAUAGCCGUGUGGGUCGGAUCCAAUGUUGCUAGAUAUGCUCCAUUCCCACAAGGUGCCAUUCUUACACUGUUAUACAUGUCAAUCAAGUUACAAGUUGAUCUUAGCUAAAGCAUCUGCAACAGAGUGAUUACUUACUGAAGAUGCCACUUUUUCUGUCUGUAAAUUUGCCUCACUAUUAACUUUUAGUUCUAUUUCAUAUAGUAUAGUCUCUCAAUGUAAAUGCACAAUCAAAUUUUUAUAUGUUCUACAACUUGUUCAUAUUCAACUUUAAACAACAAGAUUGAAAUA